GUUGCCCGUAUGUUAGGCGCCAUCUUUGAGGCUGGCAUCAGGGAAAGCGGCGGCCCGAGCGGCGGAUCGAGGCGACACGGCGGCGGCAGCGGCAGUCCCCUGGGGUUCGGUAAAGUCCCUGCUCGUCGGUGACUAGAGCCGUUCGUAGACCGCAGGGGCUGGGGAAUGGCCUCUUGCCAGGCUCGGGUCCCCUCCGCUCCCCUCAGGGGAAGCAGGCCGCGUCCCACCGCGUCCGGCGGCGCGGGCGGCCCAGGCCGCGUCCUUCAGCCCUUCUCCACCGCGGUGUCCGUGGCUACGGGGGCGGGAGAUCGGGGGGAGGCCGCUGGGGCAGCGCGGGCCCUCCGGGGACGGUGCUGGGGGUAAGGUGUGUUCCCUGGGUCGGACAUUAGAGAGGGGGGAGCCGCUUCCCAGCCUCCCGAAGUAGGCCCAAAGUCCCCUCUGCCCCUGGUUACCGGGCCGCGGCCCAGGGCGCAGCUCUCCCCUUCCCCACCCUUGCCCUUCCACAGGGCUUGGCUGCGGGUUCUCCCCGCUCCCGGGGGUCUCCCGGGGAGACAGAGUCCUUGGGCAGGCUCUGGAGAGGUCGGGCAAAUUGCAGAUCCUAGUGCAGGUGCCUUAUGAGUAUACGUUAUUUUCAGUUAAAACCUUGUGCCUGCCUUUUGUAGCAAUGCGUAUAAGGGGCGUGCUGUAAUGUAGUCAUCUGACAAAUCGCUCCUCCGCUCCCCAAAGGAGCUGCCUUCAGGAUCUGACUAACUCUGGAUGCACCCGGUUGUCAUCUUAAUUUCUGCUUUAGGUUGUUUAAAACAACCCAAUUGGGUGGCAUUUGUUUUUGUUUCUUAAGAAUUAGAUCCAAGAGGUUUUUGUUUUCUUAUGUGGAUGUUUAUAAUGAAAAUGCCAAAGUGAUUUUUACUGUUGCAGGGAUCAGUAUGUGGAGCCUACAGAUUGUUCCCAGAACUGGUGCUUUGGGGUACACACUGCAUGCAGAGAUUGAGCUCUGGGACAUACUUUCAAAUAAAACAGUGUUAUUGGAUUGUAAAAAAGGAGAUCUGCUGCCAGUAGGAGAUUUUGAAAUCAGAACCACCACUGUGGCAUGUGGUUGAAUUGGACACACAUUAAACUGAUAGGGCUGAACAGAAAAACUGAAUUUGUUGCUGGGUGUUUCAUGAGGAAAGCUAGUCUAGAGAAAACUUCCUCUUGCUGUUGUUUCCCAUCUGAAAUGGCACCCUUCCAAAUGGCUGCUUCCAGGGGAAGUUGACUCUUUUUGAGAUUUAAUAGAGCAUUUCAGUGAGGAAGAUGAAAUGUCAUAGUAAAUUGCUGCCAGGCCCCUAUGUUGAUUUCAGAAAAAGAAAAAGAAUUAGUAUCUUUUAUUUAAGUAUACCUGUCUCACCCAAGAGUAGAUGUGGCAGCUUUAGCAGUCCCCUUAGUUUGGAAUUGAUCCUCUGUGCCCAUUCAGACACCAAGGAGGAAAAACUGGUGGACAGAGAGAACGAUAAGAGGAGAACCACCCACUAAAAAUAUAAGAACGAAGGGCUUAUGCAUUAAGGGAAAGCCACUACAUUAAAAAUUGGUGCUAUCUAAAAAUUUAUGAAGGAUUUGGGGCCUGCAGGUACUGCAGCACCUGCGUGUGCUGCAGUCAUGCCUGUUGCCACUGAGCAAGAUGGAGAGAGCUUCCUUACUGAAUGCGAUGUAUUAAAGCAUGCACUGUUGCGUGGAAGAAGAGCAAAGACUUUUAUUGCAUGGAACUUUGGAUCUGUGGUUCACCUGGUAUGCCGUAUCCAGACUGGAGGAAAAAAAAAAAAAAAAAAACAAGACUUGGCAAACCAGGUAAUCACCUGGCAACACUGUCUCUUUGGUGACAUCUCCAAACAGAAUGUUGUGUACCUUGGGCUGAGGCUAACAGCCAGGGGUCACAGCUAUAAGCGAGGGUGAAUGUGCCUGUAACGUGUCUGUGUCAGUCAUCUCCCCUGCCAGCAGUUUUAGCAGUGGGAGUUUGAUGUCUGUUCGCAGCUUUUGUGUUGGCAGUGACAGUGUGGCAGAGCCAGCAGGCUGGUUUUUCAGCUGGAAGAGAAGGAGUGGACAGCAAAUGUGCCCAGGUAAAUGAGAGCGAUCAAAGAGAUUUGCCAUAGAUGUGGGUCGUAUCAAUGCAGCUGUUGCAGCUGCAGCAAUAGUGGAUUCUGCAGCAUCUGGAGAAGAUAGAGGGAGUUCUCUUGAUGAAAGCAAUACUGUCAAAAGCCUUUUGAUGCUAGAAAUUAGGGCAAACACUUCUGUUGUCUGGAACUUGUCAGCUGACUCUCAGUAUGCCUGGCACACUCCUUGCAGUGUUUAAAAAGUGUGUCAGACAGGGCAGGGACUCGCCUUGGCACUUCCAUGUUGCAGCAACGCUUCCAGACCGCACACCCUGCACACUGGGCCAGGGCCUGAAUGCGACAGUGCUGUCUGUAACCAGAAGCUUGGGAAGCACAGCUGGAUUUUUCUACUGCUCCGUGUGAAUUUUUGCCCCCUGAAGGUGAUGUGGUGAGCUAUUUCUUUUCAAUGGAUAGGCUUAGAGCCAGUUGCAAUUCGACAUCCUCAGGCUUGGGUGUUCCUGUGCCAUCUAUGCCUUUGGAGCAGGUGCUUGGUAGGAGAAAGGACAUGAAUCUUAACCAUGGGACUCGGACUCUCGACUACAUACUGCUGUGAAAAAACUCAGAUAUGAGAAUGCACUUAAAUAACAGAUAAACAGAUUUAUUGUAAAAUUGAUUACUGAAGACACUUUAUUCCAAGGUGAACUUCUUAGAUGUUCAUACAGAUUGUGGCACUAGACAGUUUCCAUCUAUAACGUGACUGUACAGCAUUGUAGAAGAAACGUUUUCUGUGGCUUUGAAGAAAGCACAACACACAAAUAUGAAUUUAACUGUUGAUAUGUGAACCCUGAACUAACCACAGACUACUUGACAGUGAUGACCCACUGGAUAUCUUUUCAUACACUGCACCAGCAGAAGUCCCCUUUUAGAAAACAGGCAGCUCCCUCCCACUGGCUUUGCCAAAACUUCUGCAGUAGGAAGUGACCUACAAGAACCAAGUUACCAAACUGAUCUGUGGCUUUCCCUUAAUCCCUGCAGUCCUGCUGGCACUGUGCACACAAUGCUAGGUGCCAGCUGCCAUGGUUUACCUAUAUUUUAAAAUUAAUGAAUCGGGAUUUUGAGCACAGGAGCACUGAGAACAGGUUAGCAGGUACUUAAGAGAUUUCCUUGCUCCUUCUGCCAAGGCCCAGCAAAUUCUUCAGGAACUUCAACAUUCAAGCCAUCUUCCAGAGGAUCACUUGAAGCCCGAAGUAGUUACUCAAGGAACCUCCCUAACUUUCAUAUGUUAAAGUGACUUUAAAACAGCAGAAGGUGGAGCAGCAUCCUCCUGGGAGGGAAAACGGGGCUAUUCUCAGCUCAUUCCAGUGGUCUCAGAUGUCUGAUAGGUGCAAGAUUCCUUGCUUGCAGGUAGAGGCCAGUGAGGAACUGCAGUUCUCAGUCAAGUGCUGCCAUCCAUCAUGUCCUUCUGGCUUUGCAGAGCACUUCCAGAUCAAACGUGUCACUGUCGCUCUUGGACUGGGAGAUGGGUGAAAUAUCUUAGGCUUGAAAUGGUUUUUCUGUGGAGUGGUGUCCUCAGAUCUGAAUGCUUUGUUUUGGCUCCUUUACCAGAUCCCUGCUAUAAAAGGUUGCUUUGAAGAAUUCCUUCUGCCUCUUGAGGUGUCAAGCUAAAGCCAGAUCUGUACUCAAGCAGUGUCUGAUCUAACGAGUGCUUCAGUACAGGGUUAUUCUUUGAGAGUUACAGAAACACCAGGCCAAUCAUCCCUGUCAGGAAUGAUCCCUCUCAUCUUAAGGAAGAAUGUCCUAAUUCAGGUCCCUGAAGUGGCAUAUCUUCAAAUAGGUUUGCUCCCGCCAGCAAGGGGCAGCUGUGCCUCACAACUCGUGGUAACUCACUGCUCAGAUGCUCAGAUCACGAUGAAAGGUGACCCCGACUCAAUGUCAGAAGAAGCUGAGGUGAUUGUCUGCUUUAACCUUUGCCUUCUUGGCUGGCAGCCUUUCAGUCAUUGCUCUGAGUGGGUCUUGAGUGCUGUCACCCCCAGUGUCAGAAUAUGCCCCCGGUCCAUGUUUAGACAGUAUUUAACAACUAGAAUUAACUAAAACAAAUGUAAAGAGUAGAAAUUAUUAUUAUUAUGCUUCAGCUUUGGACAACUUAGCUUUAGAUUUUCAUACAGAGAAUGAGAUACAUUAGCAAGAGGUUAUUCUGUGCUUCAGAUGACAUGAUGAUGUGUGGUUUACAGACACACAGUAAUACAGUGUUCUAUAUGUAAUUUAUGACACCUAACAGGCACUGCACUUUCAGCCUAUGGAGUGUGCUAACAGGCAAGUAAAUCAGCGGCAGCUGUUUUGCAGCUGGGGUAACACAGACCAAUUGAAAAGGGGGCUUAGAACAUGUAGUUACAGGUGCCCUUCCUUCUCAUCUGACUGUCCUAAUACACAGGGGUGUUAAGUAUCUCUAAUAUUUUUGUAAUAAAUUAAAGGCACAAAGUGGACCAGCAAGAGAGACUGUCCAAGUGAAAUACUUUGUGCUUUAUAACCAAAAAAGUACCCAUAGAUAGGUGCAAUAAUAAUUCUUAUAUGCAUUUGUUGGGGUGCAAAAAAAUUUUGUUCCUUUCUUGCUCUUCAGUACAGGACAAAGUCAGGGCAGCAAGCUGGAAGGCUAGACCAGGGAAUAGGACUGUUUCUUCGGUACCAAGAAAGACAAGCUUGUAAAACAAACUAGACGGACUUUCAUUGUACUACUUAUCUUCCCUUAGCAAAGAUAAAGUUUACAGUGCUUGUUGGCAUGUUUUUUCUGACCCUUAACUGCUGCACCACGAAUAUUUAAUAUUUAAAAAAAAAAAAAAUUCAAAAUCUCUUAAUACAAAAACUUUACUAGAGUUUUGGAAGAAAAAAAAAAAAAAAAGAAUGGUUUUAAAUUCUCAUCAACUUCCAUUAGAGACUUGCUGAGUGCACCAGAGUUACUCAUUUUUAUUCAGACUUUCAGGGGUUAGUUCAGUUGAGUUCUGUUUAGCACUCAGACUGCCCUGUUAUUUGACACCAGUUUAAAAAAAAAAGGGGGGGGGGGGAGGUUUUGAGUUAAACUUUUGUAAAAUGAGAGGACUUUUAUGGAGUUCAGAACUUUUUUCAGGGAGGACGUAUUGUUGGGGUUUUUGUUUGCUUGUUUUAAAGUUUUGCUUUUUCCCGUUCCUUAAACAAGAUCCAUUCAAAUUCUGAACAGCUCUUGAAGUCUGCUUAGGAAUAUGGAAGGCAACAAGCGAAAAAAUGCUGAGCUGCUUGGGCAUUCAAAAGAGCUAAAUCUGAGGGGAUUUUUUUUUUUUUUUCUCCCCAUGGUGGUGGAUAUAGUAAUGUUCCAUUAUACAGGUGUCUCUCACUUCCUAGGAAAAAGAAAUGCCACCUUCUAGAUGGUGAAUUCCUGCUGAUUUGUAUUUGAAUGCCUCUGCUCAGCAAAGCAGUGGUCCUUGAUUGCCAUCUAUUUAAGUGUUGGCCUGUGCAAACUGAAGAAAUUGUGCUUGAAAUUUAAUUUAGUUUUCAGUGGUAUUGGUAAUGCAUUUGGAAAAAUGUUUCCUGUCAAACUUCUACAUGAAGGAGCACUGGUAAUUUUUAGAAGUAGAUGCAUAGGAGUUUGUAUGACAUAAAGUCUGUUUUUGAAGGUGCUAAAAGUCAAAAGUGAAUAGUCCCAUCGAUACUGGAGAAGGGAAGAAAACCUUGCACUUAACUACUGUUUUUAUUCCCUCUGUCAAGCAGUCAAAAAGCAAUAACUAAUAUGAGAACCGAACUUUUCCUCUCUUUAUUUUAGAUUUGGGAAAAUUCCCUGCCAAAAAAAAAAAUAUCCUGGAAAAUUCACUAGUGUUUGUGUGAGUAAAAGGUUCCAACCUUUUAUUAUUAAUUUGUAAGAACUAUUUCAUUCAGUUUUGUCUGAAAGAGAAAUACUUUGCACAGAAAUGUGCAGCAUCUUAUUGAAAGGGGUCAGAAUCACUUUAAUUUGAACUUUAUCUGGUCUGGUUGCAGGUUUUAUGGCAUUUAAUAUCUUAAAAAAAAAAAUCAAAGUAUCUGACUUCACAUAAAAAAAAAAAAACAAACCUGCUUGUGGCUAAAUAAAAUGUUUCAUCUCUGGUGGCACCAAAAAAUAUCAUCAGCUGUUGAAUUGGACCUAAGCCAUCUUUUCAAACCUUCUGUGAUCUUGCAGCAAUGGAUAAUGAUAUGGAUUAGGGAACAGCAUAUGAUGGCAAACUUGUAUUUGCUCUGAUGUAAAAAGAAAACAAAUUUUUCCUAAAAUCAAAGUAAUUCAAAAUUCUUGGUAUCAUGCAGCCAUGCCACUUGCAAAGUGAGCAUUUCCCUGCCUCUCAAAGCUUGCUGUACCCUUGAUCUGCUGUCUUCCUGCUGUUAACUGAUUGCAACUCUACGUGUCUGAUCAGGGCUAAAAGUUGUUCUCAGUACGGAUAUCAUACAACAUAUACUGUGCACGCCUGUGUGUAUAGAUAUGUUUAUACUGUAUGCAUGUACAUAUGUAUGCAUAUUUGUGUGCUGGCCCCAAAACCACUCAUGUUAUAAAGCAUCAGCUUUGAAAGCAUAUUCAUUAAAAUAUUAUGUAGAUCUUUUCAUUUUAGCCAGUUCCGUCAAAACGAUAGACUUUUUGUGCAGUCUUAUGUGGCAAAUAGCCAAAAAUUCUAAUUUUUACUAUCACUCUUGCUGACUUUAUUAUCACUCACUCUUGGUGUGUGUGUAAACACAUAUGUGUAUGUAUAUACAUAUUUGUGUAUUUAUACACACAAGUAUGUUUUUGCUGUACAGGUAAUAAAGAUGGGGGAAGGUUUUUGUGUUUUCUUAAUAGGUGAAGAAAUCUUGAAGACCAGAAAUUGCAAGUUACUGAAUUUUAAAUUAAAAAAAAAAAAAAAAAAAAAAAAAUUAAAAUUGUCCGGCUGUGGAAGAUGGAUCCUCAUUUUUGCAGCCACUUUGAAUCACAAGUUCAUCUUUAAAUGCACUGGGUUUUUUUGUUGGUUCUUUUUUUUUUUUUUCUUUUUUUUUUUCUUUUUUUUUUGAAGAGCUAAACUAACCCUGGCUGUCUCCAGUCUGACAGUAUUCAAAUGGACUUGCUUCCUCCAUUAGUUGUAAGAUGUUUAAAAGCACAUCCUAUGUUUGAAUUGUGGAUGAGAGGUUCCCUUGGCAAUGUGAGGAGGAAAAUUCUUUCUACCCCUUUAUUAUUAAUUCACGGAUUCAGUGUUGGUUCGGCCUACAGGAGAAGUUAACUGGAAGUCUUUGAAGAUCAGUAUCUUUGCUGAAGUUGUCCAGGGUUACUUUUAAAAAGAAGAUUUCACUGAUCAAGCCAGUAGAAGACUUUCAAUCCAAGAAAGAGUGAAGCCAGCUCUUGCCAAGACUGGAGGAAGUCUCUGUUGAGCGAGCCGUUAGAACUUGAGCUUAUUCUAAGAAUUUGUCCAUUAUGUCUAACCAAGGAGAUGACUGCUACUUCUAUUUCUAUUCCACAUGUAACAAGGGAGACAGCUGUUCCUUCCGCCACUGCGAAGCUGCUCUGGGAAAUGAAACAGUCUGCACGCUCUGGCAGGAGGGUCGCUGUUUCAGGAAUAUCUGCAGAUUCAGACACAUGGAAAUCGAUAAAAAACGCAGUGAGAUCCCUUGCUACUGGGAGAAUCAGCCAGUAGGCUGUCAAAAAUCCAAUUGUGCUUUUCAUCACACGAAAGGACGUUAUGUUGAUGGACUGUUCUUACCACCAAGCAAAACUACACUUCCAAGUCCACCUGAGUCUGCAGAGGAUGAUGUGAAAAUGGCUCAAAUGUCACUGCAGCAAAACAAACUUUCUGUCCAGUCAAAUCCUUCUCCACAGCUGAGGGGGGUGAUGAAAGUGGAAAACUCUGAAAAUGUCCCAAGUCCUACACAUCCUCCAGUUGUAAUCAAUGCUGCAGAUGAUGAUGAAGAUGAUGAUGACCAGCUUUCUGAAGAAGGAGAUGAAACUAAAACGCCUGUCCAGCAACCAGCAACAGAAGCCCAUAAUGGAUUGCGGAUAAUAUCCACUAGGAAAUCCAAUGCUAAUACAAAGCAAGAUGACAAUUUAAAUUUUGGAAUAAAAACACUUGAAGAAAUCAAAUUGAAGAAACUGAAGGAAAAAACAAAAAAACAAGAAGGUCCUUCAGGAGUUUCUGUUCAUCCGCUCCAAUCUCGGACUGUUCCUGUGCCAGAGAAGGAAAAUGUACGAACAGUAGUCAGAACUGUGACUCUGUCUACAAAGCAAGGGGAGGAGCCUGUGAUUCGACUGAAUCUUGCCGAGAGACUGGGAAAACGGAAAACCUACGUAGCUGGUAAAAGUGUCCUUCCACUAAAGCGCAACCUUACUGAAAGGCUGGGGAAGAAGAUAGAGAUUCUGGAGAAUGCUGACAAAGCACCAAAGAGAGUUCAAGUCCCCAAGUCUCUGAAGGAGAGGCUGGGAUUGCCCUCUGAACAGACCAGUACAGAGACAGAGAAGGCUGCUAAGCCAACAGGAGAGAUCCAUGUGAAGACACUGGAGGAAAUUCGUCUUGAGAGAGCUAAUCAGAGACGAGGAGAACCUCAAGCUAAACCCCAGACUGAAGGACACUGUAAAGCAGAAGAUCCCAGCUCAGGGCCGAGACCUUCCCCUGCAGUUCGCAUCAAAACGUUCUCAGGAGCCCUGGCUGAAAAAAGACACAAGCGAUUGGAAGAAGAGAAGCAAAAACCAGAAGAGUUUCCUACCAAGACAAAAGUUGAGAGUGAGCCCAAGAAGCAGAGCAUAGUUGCUCCAUCUGUGCCCAGCAAAGUGCAGCUGGCAGAGCCGGCAGGUAAAGCCAAGCCAGCCGGAGAAGUGCGUAUUAAAACCUUGGAAGAAAUCAAGCAGGAGAAAGCUCUGCGGAUGCAGCAGAGUGGAGAAAAUGUUUCAGCUCCACCAGCACAACCUGAACCUGCCCCGACAGGGAGGAGAUUGUUACGGAUCACGAAGCUAACAGCACCUGGAAGAGAAGAAAAGAAGGUAGUGGAAUUGAGCAAGUCUUCUCCCAAAGCCAUCUCUGCACCUGCAGAGCCCUCUGAUCAGAGUGCAACUAAUCCUAAAGUUCAGGUGAAAAGCCUUGAAGAGAUAAUGAGGGAGAAGCGGCAACUGAAACAACGCCAAGAAGAGAAGCUUCAGAAGGAAGCAGCUGCUGUGACAUCUCCUGUUGAAAAAGCAAUCAAGGAUAAAACUCCAGCAUCGGGGAGUCCUGAAUCCAGCGUGGUUUCAGGGUCAGCUUAUCAACUUGCAAAGAAGGUAUUGGUGAAAUCUCCAGAAGAUGGGGUUGAAAACCCAGGAAAGGAUGCUGCUGUGUCACCAGGGAAACAAGCAGCUCAGCUUCUGGAAAGGAAAGCUAAAAACAAAUCUAAGGUGUGCCUGAAGCCUUUGGAUGGGAAAGCCACCUCCCCCACAAAGCAGACACUGAAGCGAAAGGCAGCAGAGGGUUAUCCCUCUGCCGUGGCGGCUGUGAAACCCCUGAGUACCACUGGUGGUGAUACAAAGGAGCCUUCAGCUAAAAAAGCAGCUGUGGCCAUUGUUCCUGCUUUGCCAGAGGACAGCCUGGUCUCCAUACCUGGGAGAGAAAAACCCAAAGCCAGUCCUGAACUGCAUAUUGGAAGCCCAGCAGACUCUGUGGCACAGUCAGAGGUCUCAAGCUCAACUUCAGCUUCUUCACAAGUAGCAGUAAAGACACGCCGGCUGAGCUCCACGGGGGCUGGGAAAGCACCCUUAUCUGUCGAAGAUGACUUUGAGAAGCUUAUUUGGGAAAUCUCUGGAGGCAAACUGGAAGCAGAAAUUGACCUGGACCCAGGGAAGGAUGAAGAUGACCUCCUCCUGGAACUCUCUGAAAUGAUUGACAGCUGAACUGCAUAGUCUUAAAGUUUAAAAAAAAAAAAAAAAAAAAAAGAUAUUUUAAACUGUAUAUUUUGUUGGAUACCCAGAGGUGAUUCUUUUUCUAGCUGAGGAUUUGCAAUGAAUCCUAAAGCACAGCUGAACUGGUAGAAAUUGGCAGUAUCUGCACUCAGUUGUCCUAAAUUUCCCUGCUGGUCAGAGUCAAGGUCCUGUGCAUCCAUUCUGUAUCUAUCGGUGGUUACCUUCGGCAUUCAGAGGACAAAGCACUUGUUUAUUUUGGGAUAGAGAUGCCCAUCUACAAACUGUGGUGGUUGUGAACUGAUCUACUGAUUCAGUGAUGCUCUGAAGGCUUAAACAUAGAGCUUCUUCCUUCUUCCGCCCCUUGGCAAAACUCAACGUUCAGCGUGUUUCGAAGCUUUAGUAUUCUCGUUUCUUGGACAGUUGAUAUCUAAAGCCUGGAGUUACUGUGUCAACUCUUGAGUUUAAUUUAUGUAUGCUAUCAUUUUGACUUUAAUCUUGUAGGGUAACUUAAUGCAAAUGUCAGGGUGGGAGGGAGCAGAAUAAUUACUCUUAGUAUUUUGGACCAAACGUGCUGCCAAGGGUGGUGGUUGGGGUCAGUCCAUCCAGCCUUACUUUGAAUUAUCAGGGAUGAUAACAAUAUCAGUGUGAAAAGCAGCAGCUCUGCAACACAGCUAGAAUACCCACCCCCCGCCUUGUUGUUGUACUGUACCAAAGCUUGGGCGGGUUUGGUGCUUUUUGCUGACAUGAGUAAGAUUCUGGGGUGGGUAGUCAGGAUUCCUCCCGUCAUCUGCAGUAAAUUGGUAAACUAAGAAUUGGUUUAAGUGCCUCUCGGUUCCAAGAAUUGCUCCCCCAAGCUGCUGGGACUCGUGUUCAGAUGCUGUUGGCUUUGUCUGACCUGUCGCUGGCCGUGUGGCACCAACCCACGGGGGAGCCUGGUACUGCUGCAGGACCAACUGCCCCGGGGGUGCCCUCCCUUCGGUCCCCCCUGCGCCCUCAGCCCCCCGCUGAGGCUCGAGCUCUGUGUGGAAGUGCGCGCUGGGGGUGGGACUGGAGGUUCCUGGCCUGUCUCGGGUGGCUGUGCAGUCUGAAUUUGUGAUCCUGCGGAAAAUAGUUGAGACUGGGGUGUAUUGUGUACCCUGCCACCAGUGAUUGUUUUCCCUAGCAGAUAUAUUUUGAAUUAUUUUUCUUAAUUUUUUUUUAGUUUCUCCCUACUAUGAUUUGUGAAGCUGUAGGGGCCCUCAGGCAUUUGCUGCUGGCAGAGACAAAAUCAGUUGAGUUGGUUGUAAAUACUCUUUGGAAGAAAACACUUGUGUGCUCUGAUAAUCCACUGUGAUGUCUUAGUUCCUAGAGGAAAGGUUUGAAACCAAAAUUUAGAAAACUGCUGUUCUGGCUCCAGAAGGGUCACCUUUAUCCUGCUGAAGGACUUUCUCCGGGUGGGACUCUGCCAGCGGUGGUCGCUCGCCCGCAGACGGGAGUGCCUGGGUGAGGGGGAGAAGCCGGUGAGGAAGGCUUCCCCCUCGCUGCUGCCCUCCUGCUCUGCCGUCAGCCUUCGCUGCCUCUAGCCGAGGCUCUGCCCAGGGAGACGGGAUUUGGUGUAUGCCGUGGUUUCUGUAAAUAUUUUAUUCUUCCAUUUUAUAUUUGUAUUCUAUUUAAGGGUAUUGUAUUAAACAUAGUCUGGCCUCCUCCGCCUUCACCAGUAGUUGAACUGCUCCCUGUGGCAGCAGUUAACAGUGUUUUUAAAUAAACCUGGCACAGGAAA